CACCCAACAAAAAAAUCUUAACCAAUGGUGCUGCAACUUCACCGAUGAGAGUGAUGGCCACUCUCUCUCAGUUUCCGGCCUUCCCCUCCCUCCUCUCUCCCAAACUCGUCUUCUUCGACCCGCAACAACACCAGCUCAAACUCCGGCGAUGCACCGCUCAACAUCCACCUUCUCCGGUACACUUCGCGGUUCGCGCUUCUUCGUCCGUCAAGAAAUCCAGGAGGAAGGUGAAGAGCAAUGAGGAGCUUUGCAAUGAACUCAUGGAGUUUAUUGCUGCGGUUGGACUUCCACAAGGUCAUGUUCCGUCCAUGAAAGAGCUCUCGCAGAACGGAAGGAAUGACCUUGCAUACAUUGUGAGACGGAGGGGAUAUAAACUUAUAAGAGAGCUUCUUGCUGACUCCACGGAAUCAGAAUCGACGGAUGUGGAUGGUAAUGCGGAUAACUUUAUAGCUGAAAAUGAUGAUGGUCAGAAAGAUAUAGUGACAGGUCAGUAUCAAGAGGUGAAUGAUGUGGUUGAGGAAUUCUCAUCCUUGAGUGAAGUUUCAAUCUUGGAAAGUAGUUCUGAAGCUUUGGUUACUGAUCCAGUUCUGAAACACGAUGAUGAUGUUGAGGUACCUGUGGAAUCUUUGGCAGAUUCACUUUUGCAGGACACAUCCUCAGGUAAUUUAGAAGGUCAUGGUGAACGGGUGGAUAGUAUGGAAGGCAAUGGUCGUGUGUCAAAUGUUCCUGUUAUUGAGAGUCAUGUCAAUAGUUCUAAGAUUGGUACAGCCUUCAACUCCGACCACCAUACACCAGUAGAAAUUUGCACCAAUUCAUCAUUGGAUGUACUAGAAGAUUUAUCCUUACCGACCACCAUUCCCAUCAAACAAAAUGAUUCUGAUAGUCCAAAUAUUGGUUGGGAUCUGAACUCUGAUGGACAACUUAGUGUGCCCAUAGAUUCUGGGACCCAUUGGUCCUCAGAUAAAAAGGCCUUACAUAGGGACCAGGAUGGGAAGGUUGACAAUAUGGCUGAUGAAGUUGCAUUGUCAACCAAAGCUUCAGUUAUGGAAGAGGAAGAUCAUCACUCUAGUUCAGAUCUUGAACUAAAUCAGAAUUCUGAUGACGAUAGCGAUGCACCAGUAAAAUAUCCAGUGAAUUUGUCCUUGGAGGAAAAGGUGACAGAAUUUAUGCAGAAUGGAGACCUGGAUGCACUUGAAGAUAACAUCUAUGGUGUAUCAAUUGAGAGUGAUGCUGAAGAAAUCAAGAGUAGCAAUAAGUUCGGGAAUGCUGAAGAAGUUCAACUAAGAACUCCUACUUCAGAGUACUCAAAACAUAUGUUUGAUGGAAGUGAUGCAACAUCUGAGCAAAUUUUGUCUCCAACAGCAGUUGACCCCCCUCUUGGUGAUGCUACUUCAUUAGCUGAUUCGCGGAGUACUCUAUCUGACAAGAAUUUGGAUGUUAAGACAAGUGAAAGGGAGGAUCAACAUGAUAUUAGUCGUCUCAAGUCCAUGCUGCAUCAGAAGGAGUUGGAAUUGUCUCGGUUGAAAGAACAGAUUGAGAAGGAACAGCAUGCCUUGUCGGUCUUGCAAGCAAACGCAGAAACAGCUAUCAACGAAGCACAAAAGCUUAUCUGCGAAAAAGAUGCAGAGUUGCUUGCUGCUGAAGAAAACCUUUCAGGACUAGUGGAGGUUGAGAUCCAGUUUCAUGGUGAUGGUGAAAUUGUGGAGGUGACCGGUAGCUUCAAUGGUUGGCAUCAUCAGAUUAAAUUGGAUCCACAGCCACCAUCCAGUAUCAUAGACCACUCUGGAUCAAGGAAAUCCAGGCUGUGGUCAACGAUGCUGUGGCUGUACCCAGGAGUAUAUGAGAUAAAAUUCCUCGUUGAUGGCCAUUGGAGUAUUGAUCCUCAAAGAGAAACAGUUACUAGGGGUACAAUAUGUAAUAACAUUCUUAGAGUUGACGGUUAAAUGGCUUGGCAGGAAGGGCAUUUAUCUAUCUACCACAGUGGUAAAACAAGGUAGCAGCUAAAUUAUCACUUGCUAGAUGUUUGGCCAAUCAUUGAGGGCAGAAGCAAAAUUGAAGUUGAAGCAGUCUUUAGCCUAUGCCAUCAGAACGAUAAAUCAAGUGGAAGAUCAGAGAGAGACAGAGAGGAGAGGAGAGGAGAGGAGGCACCCAGAAUAAUGAUCAUACCUUAUACCAUCGCCAUGUUCACUGUACAAAGUAGGAGGCUAUGAAAUCUGUUUUGUGCAAAUGUAUAUAUCUGCCAGUCACCAGAGCUUCAUUUUCCUAUUAAUUUUAGUUGCUUGAGGUCCGCAUACAUGGUUGCAGUAAUCUUGUUCUGGUGGAAUUCUGCUGAAUACAAAAAGAAAUAAAUUGUCGAGUAUUAGCAUAA